ACCGUCGUUUAUACGGGUUCUUCUUCCGGGCACGUUAUUGUUGCAUCAGCAUCCAGCCUUUGACUACUGUGACAAUGUCGGCGUCGGGUGAUCCGGCCUUUGAGUAUGGCUUCUUGCUACAGAUAAGUGAGGAGGCUGCACUGACAGUGGCCCUGAAUGACUACCUAACCUCACGCAGCUACCUGGCUGGGUUCAGCCCCACCCAGGUCGACCAGAAAGCCUUUAAGCUCCUCCACAGACCCCCAGAUCCACAACAUGUCCACGCUCUGCGCUGGUACAGACACAUAGCAGCCCUGCAACAGGACCUCAACCCAGAAAGCAGCAUCAAAGGAAAGCGUGUCCAGCCUCCUUGGUCUCCACCAGCAGGAACAGAUGUUCCUCAGCUGCGACUCUACAACAGCCUGACAAGAGCAAAGGAGCUGUUUGUUCCUCAGAAAGGGAAUAAAGUAACAUGGUACUGCUGUGGUCCUACAGUGUACGAUGCCUCCCACAUGGGACAUGCCAGAUCCUACAUAUCCUUUGAUAUUCUGCGAAGGAUACUGAGGGACUACUUCAAGUAUGAUGUGAUCUACUGCAUGAACAUUACAGACAUAGAUGACAAAAUCAUUAAAAGAGCCCGGCAGAAUUACCUUCUGGACCAGUACAAAGACAAACAGCCACAAGCGGCUCAAAUACUGCAGGAUGUGCUCAGCGCCAGAACGCCGUUUCAGGCCCAGCUGGCUUCCACCACAGACCCGGACAAGAAGCAGAUGCUGGAAAGGCUGGACAGUGCAGUUACAGCCAGUCUGCAACCGCUGCAAGCAGCAAUGGAGAGCAAAGCCGCAGAUGAAGUCAUACGACCUCUGGCACACGUGUUGUUGGAGAAUUCCAAGGACUUGCUGGCAGACUGGUUGGACAAACAAUUCGGAAGUCACGUCACAGAGAAUUCCAUCUUCUCCCUUCUCCCUAAAUACUGGGAAGAAGACUAUCACAAAGAUAUGAAAGCACUCAAUGUUCUUCCCCCUGAUGUCCUUACUCGAGUCAGUGAAUACGUGCCCGAGAUCGUGGAGUUUGUGAGGAAAAUAGUUUCAAAUGGUUAUGGGUACGAGUCAAACGGUUCAGUAUACUUUGACACCUUGAAGUUUGAUUCCAGCCCGCAGCACUCGUACGCUAAACUGGUGCCGGAGGCGGUCGGCGAUCAGAAAGCUUUACAAGAGGGAGAAGGAGAUCUGAGCAUUUCUGCAGAGAGACUAAGUGAGAAAAAGUCACCGAAUGACUUUGCAUUGUGGAAAGCCUCCAAGCCUGGAGAACCAUCAUGGGGCUCUCCAUGGGGGAAGGGAAGACCCGGGUGGCACAUUGAAUGUUCAGCCAUGGCUGGCUCUAUCUUGGGCGAGUCGAUGGACAUCCACGGGGGAGGGUUUGAUCUGCGAUUCCCUCAUCAUGACAACGAGCUGGCUCAGUCAGAGGCGUUCUUUGAGAACGAUUACUGGGUCCAGUACUUUCUGCACACCGGGCACCUGACAAUCUCAGGCUGCAAGAUGUCAAAGUCUCUGAAGAAUUUCAUCACGAUCAAGGACGCCUUGGCGAAGAACACAGCACGUCAGCUCCGUCUGGCUUUCUUGAUGCAUUCCUGGAAGGACACUCUGGACUAUUCUUCUAACACGAUGGAGUCAGCCGUCCAGUACGAGAAGUUUAUGAAUGAGUUCUUCCUGAAUGUGAAAGACAUCCUGCGUGCGCCUACUGACAUCACCGGUCAGUUUGAGAAGUGGGAGACGGCAGAGGUGGAGCUCAACAACAGUUUCUGUGACAGGAAGUCUGCCGUCCACGAGGCUCUGUGUGACAACGUGGACACCCGCACUGCCAUGGAGGAGAUGAGAACGCUGGUCAGCCAAAGCAACGGUUACAUUGCCAGCAAGAAGAGCGCCAAACUCAGGCCCAACCGCAUGCUGAUGGAAAGUAUUGCUGCGUACCUCACCAACAUGCUGAAGAUAUUUGGUGCAGUUGAAGGAUCGGACCCCAUAGGUUUUCCCAUGGGUGGACAGAGUCAGAGUGUUGAUCUGGAGAGCGCAGUGAUGCCAUACCUCACAGUGCUGUCAGAUUUUAGAGAGCGCGUCCGCAAAAUUGCUCGAGAGCAGAAAGUGACAGAGCUGCUGCAGCUCUGCGAUGUUGUCCGUGACGACAUGUUGCCAGAGCUCGGAGUGCGUCUGGAAGAUCACGAAGGCCUGCCCACUGUGGUGAAGCUAGUGGACAAGGAGACAUUACUGAAGGAGAGAGAGGAGAAGAAGAGGAUGGAAGAAGAGAAGAAAAUGAAGAAGCUAGAGGCUGCUAAGAAGAAACAGGAGCAAGAGAUGGCGAAACUGGCCAAGAUGAAGAUCCCUGCAAGCGAAAUGUUUCGCAGUGAAACAGACAAAUACUCAAAAUUCGAUGAAACGGGUUUCCCCACUCAUGACGUUGAAGGGAAGGAGCUCAGCAAAGGUCAAGCCAAGAAGCUCCGCAAGCUCUACGAGACCCAAGAAAAGUUACACAACGAGUAUCUACAGAUGAACCAAAAUGGCAACUGAUUCUGCCGUUCAGCCAAUCCAUCCACACCGCAGGGAAGAACUAUAGAAUAAAUAAUAAGGCCAGAGCUUCAUUCUGUCUCCUCUUCAUCCUACUUUGGUUCAGGAAACCGACGUGUGUGUGGAUUGUGUUUUGUCCAUUUACGUAACAGUUACAUUUACAUUCCAUAACCAUGCAAUAUGAGAGAAAACCACCACCCGACAUGACUUUGUUCUUGCUCUGUUGGAGGUUGGACGUCUUUCACAACAGUAAAAUCAAAGCAACAGGUAAUAAAGUGGGAUUUUGAUGAUGUGGCGGUGCAGCCUCUGUUAGCAGUGUAUGUUUUUCUUGAAACUCUGUGAUACUGCCAUUUGUUCAAGUAUUAAAGCCUUUUUUAACAGUUAGUGCUUUCAUGAAUUAAAGAUGCUAAAUGGGUGGCUAGCGGAUUAAUGGGAAACACCAGCUUUAAGUGUUUUUUUUUUUCCACCAUGAAUCUUUGGGACAGCUCCAUUAAGAUACCCCGGAGGAAGGAUUUAAAACAUUUAAAUUUCAGAGGCCACUUAAGAAACUAGGACUGUUGUGGAGGGCUGCACCAGCUUAGAAAGAGAUCAAAUGAAUACGCAGUAGAACCGAGUUCAGCUUGUUGUUUCAUACACUUUAUCCUGCCGAUCAGCAGUGUGUGAUAUAUCACUCUGUGUUUUUGACCUUUUACCUCACGGGUCUGUUAAAGUAACUAUGUUGUGUCAUUCAAAUAUAGUUCAUUUUUAUGCAAAUGUGCAUUUGUCAAAGGGACUUUUGCCUUUGCUAAGAACUGGAUCAAAUUUUCACCCCUAACAGGGGAAACGACCAUUGAAUUCAUUGUUUCAGUUGUAGAGGUGACUUGUAACAGAAACCAUUAGAUGGUUUGUGUCUUUCUCAAUACCUGUGUCACCUUAUACAAGAGUUACCUUGAAAAGCUAAUAAAGUAUGGUGGACAUUUUUAUUUUAAUUGGAUGUACCCUCAUUUAGGAGCAUAUGGAGGAAAACUAGAUGCCUCCUGCCCUUAAGUUAAAAGCAAUUGCCUCAUGGUUGCAGAAAAUUAGUGGUACAUUAUACCCUGCUGUGCUUGGAGCACAUGGGAACACAAGUGAUGUGUUUUGGGUUUGUUUUUUGUUUUUAUAACUAACUGAACAAAGAGAAUCUGUUGGUCCUUUCACUACCCUUGGACCCCAUCGAUUCAGCAAUUCCUUAAAACAUCUGGGUUCUUUAUUUUGUGCCAUCUCAACAAAGGGACAUUUUCAUAGGCCAUUUCCAGCUGUGGCAUAAUGAAACGCUGUGAGAUCAAGAAGUGGAAUUGAAAAUAGAAAAUGCCACCUGGUUUUUGUUUUUCUUUUAAAAGUCACACUGGGACAAUUUAACCCCUGCAACCUGUUGCAUGGGUUCUUGUGGCUUGAGUAACAUCACAUGGCAAAGUGCAUUUUGUUAUUCAGCCGUCCUUCAGGGGUUUGCAUUUUUGUACUACGUGUUCUCCAUAUCUGUGGUUAUAAGAUGACUUGAAUUGAUUUAAGGGAUGCUCAAAUAAAGAGUAAGCGAGUGCAGUGCUGUAUGA